AUGUGUAAGCGAGUAGCUUACGUCUACAAGGGUCUAGUCGAGAAGAAGACUCCGAGCGGCGCCUCGAGAAAGUAUCGCGUUAUGUGGGGCCGCAUUAUUGCCCCGCACGGAAACAACGGUCACGUACGCGCGAAAUUUCGCAAUCAGUUGCCACCGAAUUCCAUCGGAAAGGGCGUUCGCGUCAUGCUUUACCCCAGUACAAUUUAA